AUGGUGACGCACUUGGCUCACCACCAGGUCCUCCUGGCUGUUGUUACUCCAGGAGACCAGUUCAUCCAGCGGUGGAGCAACCAGGACCAAGGCUCAGUAGGAAACAGUGACUACCCAGCUGUGGCACAGGUGGAUGAAAAUCUGGAUCAGCCCAUGGCAAAUGGUGGGGCCAUGUUUCCGCCCCUGGAGCAGUCAAUUCCAGGGGAUGCCCCAUACCUGGGGUGUGUGGGGACCCCCAGAGCUGAGCUCCUCCUGUACCCACUGCAGGUGCGGCAUCGCCAAUCUGGGCAGAUCAUGGUGCUGAAGAUGAACAAGCUGACCAGCAACCGGGGCAACAUGCUGCGGGAGGUGCAGCUAAUGAACCGCCUCUCACACCCUAACAUCCUCAGGUUCAUGGGGGUGUGUGUGCACGAGGGGCAGCUGCACGCGCUGACAGAGUACAUCAAUGGUGGGAACCUGGAGCAGCUGCUGGACAGCCCCGUGCCCCUCUCCUGGUCCACACGUGUCAAGCUGGCACUCGACAUUGCCCGUGGCCUGCGCUACCUGCACUCCAAGGGCAUCUUCCACCGCGACCUCACCUCCAAGGUAUGGGGCAUCCUGAUGCCAUGAGUUUCCCUUACACGCAUCCCAGAAGUGGGGAUGUUACGUGAGGGCAGUGAGAAGGAGCCACUGGCCGUGGUGGGCUCUCCCUACUGGAUGGCACCCGAGGUUCUGCGAGGGGAGAUCUACAAUGAGAAGGCUGAUGUGUUCGCCUAUGGCAUCAUCCUGUGUGAGACCAUUGCUCGUGUCCCCGCUGACCCUGACUACCUGCCCCGCACCGAGGAUUUUGGCCUGGACAUCACCACUUUCUGCACCAUGGUGGGAAACGACUGCCCGACAGCCUUUCUCCAGCUGGCGUUCCAUUGCUGCAACAUGGAGCCCACUUCUCGCCCCUCCUUCCUGGAAAUCACGCAGUGCCUGGAGGGUGUCCUGCAGCACCAGCUGGGCACUGAGGGUGCCGGGGACCACCCUCUUCUGCGCUGGGGACAGCGUGCCUGCACCCAGCACAGUGUCCACAUCAGUGGUAUGUGGGUGUCCCAGCAGUGUGGGUUGCCCAUCAUUGUGGGAGAGAGGAUCUGUGAGACAGAGCCCCAUAGCCCUCUGCCCGUAUUGUCCCCACAUUCCACUGGUGACUCCCUCCUGUGUCCCAACCCAGGAGUGGCCAUGAGGGUGGCUGGCUGCGCUGAGCAGUCCCCACUGCGUGAGCUGGGGACACAGCACCUGCAGCCAGACCAGCACCUGUCCCACAGCCACUCUGACGUCUUCCCUCCCAAAUCACCCAUCUCGGAGCCCUGCACUGAGGCCAGGACCAAGGAGACGCCACAGCGUGUCAACCCCUUCUCCCAGCGCGAGGACCAAGGGGGCAAGAUCAAGCUCUUCGACACCCCCAGCAAGUCGGUCAUCUCGCUCACGUUUGACCUGCCCCCUCCAAACCCACUGCAGCUUGCCAGCCCCAUCACUCCUGAGCCAGCC